UAGCCAUUUUACACAGAAAUCGCUUUGACCAAUAUACUUUUUGGUCUUCCUGUGGCCGAGGAAAGCUGGUAUCUCAACACAAUUUCUUCCAAGAUGGCGGGUCAUUUCUCAGAGUUCGGUAUGCUGCCAGAAAUCUGCAAAGCUGUAGAAGACAUGGAUUGGCUAUUACCUACAGAUGUACAGGCAGAGGCCAUUCCCCUCAUCCUUGGUGGUGGUGAUGUUUUGAUGGCAGCUGAGACUGGGAGCGGCAAGACUGGGGCUUUUUGCCUUCCUGUGAUCCAAAUUGUUCACGAAACAAUCAGAGAUGCUCUCUCUGGCAAAGUCAGCAAAGCAUCUUCUGUGUCUGGCCCCUCCACCUUCAAGAUGAACCCUUUCGACAGAGGAGACACGUUCACCAUUGAUGAAGAGGGUUACUUAUGUCAAAGUCGUGAUUUCUACAAGUGGCAAGGGUGUCGGUCAACUCUUGGAGUGAAGAAAGGAAAAUAUUACUAUGAAGCAACAGUUACUGAUGAAGGCCUGUGUCGUGUUGGGUGGUCGACGGCCCAUGCCACACUAGAUCUAGGCACUGACGAGGAAGGCUUUGGGUUUGGUGGGACUGGUAAAAAAUCAUACAAUCGCCAGUUUGACACAUACGGCGAGCCUUUUGGUAUUAAUGACACAAUUGGGUGCUACAUCAACCUAGAUAAUGGCACUGUGAAAUAUAGCAAGAACGGUGUGGAUUUUGGCAAAGCAUUUGACAUUCCACAAGCUUUGUUGGGGAAGACAUUUUUUGCUGCUGUAGUUUUAAAGAAUGCCGAGAUGAAAUUCAACUUUGGAGACUCAUCAUUCCAGUGCCCUCCAAAGGGCGACUACAUCCCUCUAUCAAAAGCCCCAAAGGAUGUGACUGCUGCAGGAGGUGAUACUGCUUCUAUUCAGUCAAAACCUGGCAAAUUUUCUAAUCGCUGUGCUCCAUCAGCAAUCAUCAUUGAGCCAUCUAGGGAACUGGCUCAUCAGACACAUGCCCAAAUACAUCUCUUCCAAAAGCACCUCCCACAGCCAAAAGUCAAGCCAGUGCUUCUUGUUGGGGGUGAGAAUGCCAAGGAUCAAAUAAGACAACUCAACGACGGGGUUGACAUCGUGACUGGCACACCAGGUAAACUCAAUGACUUCAUAACCACAGACAAGAUAAGUCUACACCAGGUGAAGUUCUUCAUCUUGGAUGAAGCGGAUGGUCUGCUGGCCCAAGGCAACAAUGACCUCAUCAUGAAGAUUUACAACAAAAUUCCUAAAAUCACAGCUGGCAAACGACUCCAGAUAGUCACAUGCUCUGCAACCCUCCAUUCAUUUGAUGUCAAGAAAUUAGCGGAGCGUAUCAUGCACUUUCCUACAUGGGUGGACUUGAAAGGUCAAGAUAGUGUUCCUGAAACAGUACAUCAUGUGGUUUGCCACGUUGACCCACUUGUUGACACCUCCUGGGUGAACUUGAAGAAAAAAGUCAAGACUGAUGGCGUUCACGCUAAGGACAACAUCAAACCCAACAGCCAGUCUCCAGAAUCUUUGUCUGAGGCGGUCAAGAUCUUGAAAGCAGAGUAUCUGGUUAAAGCUAUUGACGAACACAAAAUGGAUUCUGGGAUCAUCUUCUGCCGGACUAAACUUGACUGCGAUAACAUUGAACAAUAUUUACUCAGCCUGGGCGAAGGACCCAAGGCCAUGGUGAAUGCGUACUCUUCCGUGUGUCUACAUGGAGAUCGGUCACCCCAAGAGCGCAAAACUAAUUUGCAGAAAUUCAAGGAUAAUGAGGUCUGUUUUCUAAUCUGCACCGAUGUGGCUGCUCGUGGGAUUGACAUCCAGGGAGUUCCUUACGUGAUUAAUGUGACGUUUCCCGACGACAAGCAGAACUAUGUUCACAGGAUCGGCCGAGUUGGGCGAGCAGAUAGGAUGGGCCUUGCAUUGUCCUUGGUUUCUGACGUCAAAGAAAAGGUUUGGUACCACACGUGUCCCAACAGAGGCAAGGGCUGCUUCAAUACUCGACUAAAAGACCAGGGAGGCUGCUCUAUCUGGUACAACGAGACUCAGUAUUUGGCUGACGUUGAAGAUCACUUGGGAGAGACGAUCCCGGUUAUUCAGCCAGAUAUGAAAGUGGCUUCUAACGAGUUUGAUGGGAAAGUUGUUUACGGAGCGAAGCGUGGCAAAGGUGCAGUGUUCCAGACGCACACGGCAGAACUAGCGCCGUCCGUUCAGGAGUUAGCAGCUCUCGAACAGCAGGCCCAGACCUCUUUCAUCGAUCUCAUGCACCGGAACUGGACCAAAGUGCGGUGACGUCACGAAAAUGACGUAAUACACCAAAUAAAGAGACUAAUGAUAAACUCAAGUUGGGCGAUCAAACAGAGCAAAGACUUAAGUCAAUAAUGUAAGCUGUGAAGGUACGAAUUAAGAGUUCAGUCUUGUGUUGUGGCGUUCUGCGUAUAGUUAUCGCUGAACUAAACAAAAUGAAUACACUGUCACAAAACUCUUCUUUGAUAUAACUUAUAAUAAAUUAUGAGACCUCAGAUCUA